GAAGAAACAACAAUGCUGAAGGAGUUCCAGAUCUCCCUUUCAAUCUUUUUGCUAUUUGCUUGUGGAUUCCUGAUUGAAAUGACCCUGAAGCCCAGAUGUUUCUUUUCUUGCACACCUAUAUACAAGACCAUGAUGAAACCUGAGAACAUUUUGAAACAUGACAGAAGCAUUGUAUUUCUGGAGACCACCGAUCAGUUGGAGCCUUCUCCCUUAGUUUCAUGUGCUGUUGAAUCUGCAGCUAGAAUUUACCCUGAAAGACCUAUUAUUUUUUUGAUGAAAGGGCUGGAUAACAAUUCUAUUCAUUUGCCACUAAAUGCUACCUAUCCAGCCUUUUCCCUCUUGUCAGCAAUUAAGAAUGUUUUUCUUUUCCCUCUUGAUAUGGAAACUUUGCUGAAGGAAACGCCCCUCUUCUCAUGGUAUGCUCAAGUCAAUUCCAGCGCAGAAAAGAGCUGGGUUCACAUCAGUUCAGAUGCUUGUAGGCUUGCUUUCAUCUGGCGAUAUGGUGGAAUCUACAUGGACACCGACAUAAUUUCCAUAAGAUCCAUUCCAGAGGAUAAUUUUCUGGCAGCACAAGCUUCUAAAUUCUCUAGCAAUGGGAUUUUGGGAUUCCACCACCAUCACCCUUUCAUUUGGCAAUGUAUGGAAAACUUUAUUGAGCACUACAAUGGGGACAUUUGGGGCCACCAGGGCCCUGAUCUAAUGACAAGAAUGCUGAAACUGUGGUGUAAUCUUACAGAUUUUCAGGAGGUGAGAGACCUUAGGUGUCCAUAUUUCUCCUUCUUGCAUCCCCAGCGGUUUUACCCUAUCUCCUAUCCAAAUUGGAAACUUUAUUAUCAGGUCUGGGAUGUAGAACCAAGUUUUAAUGACUCCUAUGCCUUGCAUUUAUGGAAUUACAUGAAUCAGGAGAAGAAGGCUGUGAUUAGAGGGAGCAACACAUUGGCAGAAAAUCUUCAUCGCAAGUAUUGCCCCAUUACGUACAAGAAUCUCAUUCAAGGCAAAUAGAGAAUGAAUAAAGGAGAACAAAAUGAAUCCAUGCUAAAUAACAGUAGCAGUAGUUUCAGUCCUGUGGUUUAGCAAGUACAUUAAAUUAGAUAUUGCCUUUCUUUAAGAUACUUUUACUUUUUUUUUUUGAGACAGUCUUUAUCUCACUCAGUCUGAGAGUGAAGCAGUCACUCAUUGAUUAAUCCCAGUAUUAUGGUCAUGGUCAUCCAGCUUUUGUUUGAAGAACUCCAGUUAGCUCCCUCACUACCUCCAGGGAUAGCAUAUUUUAUUUUGGAAUGCUGCCAAUUAUUGGGAAAUUUGUCAUCAUUAUAUUUUCUUUUAUUUUUUCACAUUUUCUUUAC